AUGGAAGGAACGAAAAACAGCCUAACGGAACUCUCAGAGCCGUCCAAGACAGCCUGUGACGUGAAACGCCCACCUGAUGGUCUGAACAGCACAUUGAAUAACCCUAUACCUUCCAAUUUGAAAUCGGAAGCAAAGAAGGCUGCUAAAAUUCUCAGAGAAUUCACAGAGAUAACUUCCAGAAAUGGACCUGAUAAGAUCAUUCCAGCCCACGUGAUCGCCACGGCCAAGGGCCUCGCCGUUCUGUCUGUGAUAAAGGCUGGAUUUCUGGUGACUGCCAGAGGAGGCAGUGGGAUCGUGCUGGCACGUCUUCCAGAUGGAAAGUGGUCAGCGCCUUCAGCCAUUGGAAUAGCCGGCCUUGGCGGCGGGUUUGAGGUCGGAAUUGAGGUAUCAGAUUUGGUAAUAAUUCUGAAUUAUGACAGAGCAGUAGAAGCUUUUGCAAAAGGGGGUAACCUGACACUCGGAGGGAACUGCACUGUGGCCGUGGGGCCUUUGGGCAGGAACCUGGAAGGGAACGUGGCCCUAAGAAGCUCGGCUGCCGUCUUUACCUAUUGCAAGUCGAGAGGACUCUUUGCCGGCAUAAGUUUAGAAGGCAGCUGUCUGAUUGAAAGGAAAGAAACUAAUCGAAAAUUUUACUGUCAAGACAUCCGAGCUUGUGACAUUUUGUUCGGAGAUGUUCCACGGCCCGCUCAAGCGGAAGACCUUUAUGAAAUUCUGGAUUCCUUCACUGAAAAGUUUGAGAACGAGGGACGACGGAUCAGCGCGAGGAGGGCGGCGAGGGGGCAGAGGAAGGCCGCCGUGAAGGAACUGUCUCCAAAACCACGGUCAAGACCACAGCAGUCACCUGCACAAGUCCAAAGUAACAGAAACGAGCAUAAGCUUUAUCCUGAACUUUCCAGUUAUCGUGAGAGAGCUGGCAAUUUGAGUCAACCCAUAGAAGUGACAGCUCUAUAUUCUUUUGAAGGACAGCAGCCGGGGGAUUUGAGUUUUCAAGUUGGAGACAGAAUCACAGUCACAUCAAAGACAGACUCGCACUUCGACUGGUGGGAAGGGGAGCUUCGAGGUCACACAGGCAUUUUUCCAGCCAACUAUGUUACCAUGAAUUAAACUUUAUGUUCUUUUCUUUGAGAAUUAUAAAAAAAGUUAUUUCUACACUGACAGGA